GGCGGCGGCGGGUUUGGGGACAGACGAGCGGAGCUGGGGUGGGCGGGAGCGCGCGCUGCAUGGCGCGUUCGCGUGGCUUGUUGGUCUGUUUUACGCUCAGCCCCUCCUUACAGUGUAGGUGGCGGGGGGCGGCGGGGUGGGUGGUGUUGUCAAAUCCAAAUAAAUGAUCGAGCUGGAACAAGCCUGGUCAGACAGUGGCCAGACUGCGGCUGUCUUCUGGGUGUUCGUGGAAGUCGAGAAAACCAGAACAUACCUCCGCCGUUUGCAGACUGAAAACAAAGGAAAAGGAAUGCGGAUCUUCAACACCAACUUCAGCAACGCGAGCCUGCGGCUGGACGCGAACGGCGGCUCGGACAGGAACGAGAAGCUGGCGCAGGUCGAGGUGGCCGUGCUGGGCGUCAUCUUCCUGUGCGCCUCCGUUCUCAACUUCGGGCUGCUGGCCAUCCUGUGGCGCCGCCGCAAGCAAGUGUCCAGGAUGCGCGUCUUCGUGCUGCACCUCUGCCUGGCGGACCUGGUGGUCGCCUUUUUCCAGGUCUUCCCGCAGCUCUUCUGGGACAUCACGGAUCGCUUCGUGGGUCCCGACUUCGUGUGCAAGAUUGUCAAGUACCUGCAGGUGGUCGGCAUGUUCGCGUCCACUUACAUGAUCGUGGUGAUGACCAUUGACCGCUACCAAGCGAUCUGCAACCCCAUGGUGACUUUUCAGCGGAAGCGAACCCGCUGGAACGCCCCCGUGUGUGUGGCGUGGGGUAUCUCCCUGCUCGGCAGCCUGCCUCAGUUCUUCAUCUUCUCCAAGACCGAAGUGUCGGAGGGCGUCUUUGAUUGCUGGGCCAGUUUCAUUGACCCUUGGGGUCUCAAAGCCUAUGUCACAUGGACGACCUUUGUGAUAUUCAUACUUCCCGUCGUGACGGUGAUCGCGUGUCAGGUGCGGAUCUGCCGGGCGAUCCAAAUCAACCUGUACAUCAAGACCCACCAGGAGGGAGACGACGCCGGCGACACCCCCCAGCCCUCGAGAGCCAGCAGCGUCAUCGGCGUGUCCAAAGCCAGGAUCAAAACGGUCAAGAUGACAGUGGUCAUCGUGAUGGUGUACAUCAUCUGCUGGGCCCCUUUCUUCACCGUCCAGCUUUGGUCCGUCUGGGACGACGAGGCGCCCACUGAAACGGCCACCUUUACGAUCCUCAUGUUGCUUGCCAAUCUGAACAGCUGUACCAACCCCUGCAUCUACCUUUUCUUCAGCGGGCAGCUAUCUAAGGGCCUGGGCACCCUGCUGUGCAGAGAGAGCUCAGACUUGAAGGACUCGACCCCAGAGGAGGCGACUGUCAUCAGCACGGUCUACGUGAGCCUGAAGAGCUCGUCCGAUUCAAGGUAAAGGAGGCAGACCCGCCUGCGCAUUCGGAUCAAAGCGGAGCAGAGCAUCCGGGACAGAAGAGCGAAAGCCGGACCGCUCCCGGAUACUGGGACCAUGGCAUCCCUUGAACCAGGAGGGUAUCGCUGAGGGGAAUAAGCAGGAGUCGACGGGCUUAUGAAGCCCAGCAAAUGCAAUGCUGUGUUACCGAAUGGCAAAUGGUAGUCUUGCUCUGAUGUUCCUUUUAGAGAGCAAAGGCUUUUAUCUGGCGCACGUCACGUGCAGGUCACAUUUUG